AUGGCUAUUCCGGCAGGAUUAGCUCGGAAACUAUCACCGAAAUUCAUCAGACCAUACCUGAUUAUGGAGGACUUCAAGAAUAAUUCUUUCCGAUUGAAGUUGCUGCCGCGCUUGAAGCAGCGAGGACUUCAUGAUGUGUUUCAUGCAUCUUUGCUGAGAAUCCACGUACCGAAUGAUGAUCGUCUCUUUCCUGGACGACUGGACACGCAAACUUUUGAUGAUGAGAACUUAGAAACCGAAUGGGCAGUGGAGCGUAUCGUUUCACAUGCAGGAACUGGAAAAAACUCCGUGUUUGAGGUCCUAUGGAAAUCAGGGGACAAGACAUGGCUACCAUAUGACAAGCUGACUCACCUGGAUGCUUUGGAGGCAUAUUUUGAUGUCAUGGGAGUUCAGAAGAUUGAAGAAUUAUCAGAGGGCACCGGUAAACCACUGGCCGAUGAUCUGCAGAUUUUCUUGGGGAGUCUUGGACUGAUUUUUGAGGAAGAAUAUGAGGCUAUAAAUGUGGCCGAGCAUGAGACGGUGUAUGUACCUCAACACCUUUGGUCUCAAGCCUGCCGUAACCCAUCGCUUCUGCGAAGCCUUGCUUUACUUUACCUCUCGAUGUCCACUUCCACGUCCGCGGAUGCCGGCGCUAAUUUAGGCACUCCAUCUUCGAUUGAGCCUAAUUCGGCCUAUUCCACUCCCACAUCCGUCAACACCACGGAACUUACAAUCAGGAAGCACCCAGUCUCCUUCUACGGCCAUCCUAUUCCCCUCCCAGCUCCCAUUUGGAACACGACCUUGAUCUUCCGUGUCGGCAACCACAUCUACGUCGCCGACAAGGACGGCCAGACGUUUUCGGUCACGGUCAGCAUGGCACACGAUUUCAUGGCGUUCCACACUCUGGUAGCCCAGACCAACAGCAAGACACCAUCCAAGGAGAAGCUCGAGAGGCUCAACAGCAUUUGCGAGCCGUUAGGUUACCGACAAUUUGCAUGGUUGGUCAACGCAGAUCUGCUCGUCAAGGACACGCUUGUCGAGGUCACUGAAAACUCCGCCAUCAAAUACCCCACUUACCGUGAUGGGUAUCGACCUCAUUUCUUGCGCUUCGACAGAGAGAAGCAAUCCGAUAUCGACAACACACUCGAGAUUGCCGCGUUGUUCAACGGGUCCAAGGACAAGGCUCAGGAGGCAAUAGACCUUGCCUUCAGGGUCGCGAUGACGACUUUCGGAGGCAGUAAAGUUGCGAAGCCGGCGACGAAGGGCAAGGGCAAGCCGUACGAGAAGAAAAACCGCAAGAACAUGAAGGACCGUGAUGGAGACGUCAAUAUGGGUUGA